AUGUUCUUGCCCAGCCCCCUUUUCUCCUCCCUUCGGUUUGACAACCGCUUCAAACCCUCCGCCGUCAAGAGCCUUUCGCAUUCGGUGACUCCAGAUCCGGGGCCGGAACUGGAGGUAACCGGCGCUUCAACGCUGGAACAAAUGGUCUCGAGGUGCCGACCGGAAGACGAUGCCGGCGGUGAAGAGGGUAGGGAAACCGAGCCGGUCGCAGAGUCUGAAGAAGUGGCCGGCGAGAGGCUGCCGCAUAUCUCGCGUAGGCAACCUUCGGCUGAGGUCCAGUGGUGCAAAGGACGCGUCAAAAUUGGGUCUUUGAUGCUCGGGUUUUGCACGACAAAACCAUUCUCCAUGUCGAUCUUCAAGGUAAACUGGUCAAGGUCGUCAGAAAGCGAGUCGUCUAUAAACUCUCCCCCAACUAAAACGAGACAUUAA